AGCUCCUCACAUCUGCUGCGCUCACAGCGACUCGUCCGGCCGUCCUGCUCCAGAGCAGCCGAGGCCAUCAUCACGACGACCGCCCUACAGAGAGGCAAAGACAGCAGCCUGCUCACAGACACCAAACCCUAGGAAAAAUGAAUCUGGAGCUGCCCAAAGCCGAGAUCAAGUCGGCCACCCGGGUCACCGGAGGCCCCGCCACCCCGCGCAAGGGACCGCCCAAGUUCAAGCAGCGGCAGACCCGCCAGUUCAAGAGCAAGCCUCCGAAGAAGGGAAUCCAGGGGUUUGGUGAUGACAUCCCAGGAAUGGAGGGCUUAGGCACAGACAUCACUGUCAUUUGCCCCUGGGAGGCCUUCAACCACCUGGAGCUGAACGAGCUGGCCAAGUACGGCAUCAUCUGAAGCCCUUUCCUGCACCUUCGCCGUCGAGAUUCACGGGCCACGUCCAGACACUUCAAACCGAACUUGUCCACACAAAUUUACCACAACAAACACCAAAAAAAUGGAAAAAGAGAAAAAGAAAUCUACAAAAAGCAACGGUCCUCUUUCACAGGAUUCUUCUUCUGACCCGACAGUUCACAACCAGUUAGCAUCUCACAUCCUCACUGGAUCUGCACCGCUGCUCUAAACUCCUCUUCUCCUCUUCUCUCACUGCUCUUCCUUUUUUUAUCUCCUUUUUUCUUCUUUUUUAUCUUCUCACGGACAAAACAUGAAACAAGCAAGGCAGCCUGCCGGACGAGUAAAAUGCAAAAACCUGAAUUCUGUAGAGAAGGACAGCAGCUUGCCAUCGCUCAGCGCAUAGCUUUUCAGUGGUCAUCAUCAUAUCCCUCUUUUCCCUCAGGAUACAUCCAGCUGACAAGAGAAUACAUGUCCAUCCAGAAGUGUGUAUUGUUCUGCUCCCAUCAUUGUGUUCGCUUCUGUUUCAUAUCCCUUCUUAUCUGUUUAAUAUUAAUGUAUAUGUUUCAUGUUUAUUUCUCACGCUUUCACGCGACACUGCGUGUUUAUGUCUGUGUCUUUAAGAUCAAUGUUGUAGCUUUCAUCCAUCAUUCAGUGUUACGUUCAUCUGUUCUUCAUCGUUUCAUCUCUGCUGUCCUCGUCACCGUCACUGAUGCUUCGCUCUGUUCAUGUUGAGACGUUGAAGGAUUACCGAUCUGUUGUUCACAUGAGAUCAGUGCGUGCACAGCUUGAGUUACAUUUAGCUUUUCGCUUUUAAUUUUUUGUUAUCCUGACUUGAAGUCGAGAAGAAGAUAAUAACAAAGGUGUUGCUGUAUGUUUGUCACUGAUGGAAGAGUUGCUGGAUUGUCUUAAAUAAGUUAUGUUUCCAAUGUUUGCACAGUGUCUGAUGCAUAAUGGAGCUUUGUCCUCUCUACAGGAGGUGAGAAAAAAUAAAGCAUAAA